AUGCUUGGGCUCUCUUUCUUCAUUGUCCCUGUCCCCAGUGUCUGGGUGAUUUUCCCUCGCCGACGAUCGACUGUCGAUGCAGAGGUUGCAUACCUUGAGACUCUCGAAGCCGGCAAUUUGGAUGAGCCUCUUUACAUACGACGCAAAGAGCUUGGACUGAGUGAUUGGUAA